AUGCAGGCCCAACAACGUGGAGUAGUAGAAGUACUCGCAGCAGUCAGACAACAGCUAGAAAAGCGUGGCGCUCGUGGCAUUCGUGAGCUAGGUCGUACUUUUAGAGCCCUAGACUCUUUCGACGGCAACAAAAAGGUCGAUCCUCAAGAGUUCGCCGUUGGUCUCAGAGAAAAUGGGGUCGUUUUAUCAUCAGCUGAAUGUUCAAUCCUUUUCAGGUAUUUUGACAAAGACGGUGAUGGGAGUGUCAACUUUGACGAAUUUCUGGUAGGGAUAAGAGGCUCCCCUAACGCCAGAAGACAAGCGCUUAUUGAUAAAGCCUUUCUGAAAUUCGACCGUGAUGGCAACGGUUACAUUGAUGCCGCUGAUCUAAGGGGUGUUUAUAAUUGCCAGUUCCAUCCUAAGGUACAAAGAGGACAAAUGACUGAAGACCAAGCCUUGACGGAAUUUUUAAGCAGUUUUAAUGACAGAAAUAGAGAUGGGAGAAUAACGAAAGAUGAAUGGGAUGAAUAUUAUGCAGCAGUUAGCUCGUCGAUUGAUAAUGAUGACCACUUUGUGCAGCUUAUGAAGACAGCCUGGAGACUUGAUUAA